UUAUUUAACUGUAUUGCUGUUUAUUUUACAUUUUUGAAGACAGCUUUAUUUUAUUUAUUUAACUGUAUUGUUGUUUGUUUUACAUUUUUGAAGACAGCUUUAAUUUAUUUAUUUAACUGUAUUGCUGUUUAUUUUACAUUUUUGAAGACAGCUUUAUUUUAUUUAUUUAACUGAAUCACUGUAUUUGUAUUACAUUUUUUAAAACAGCCUUAUAUUAUUUAUUUCACUGUAUUUGUUCUACAUUCUUGAACCAUGCACCUGGCCUAACUGGUUUGCGGAUAUGUUUGACCUUUACUUUUGGAGUUCAUUUAUGAAGCACAGUUCACCAGUAAAAAACUGCAUUUCAGAUCUUCUCUUCUGACUGUAUUCAAUUGACUAGUCAUGCACUACAAUUUUUUAAUAUCCUAGAACUCAAAUUCUUUAUCAGGAGACCUUUAGCAGAUAUGAGAUAAAAAUGUGAUUAAUUCAAUUUUUUUUUUAAAUCGACUGACAGCACUAGUUUACAUUUAUUGAAGUUGUCUUUUAAAUAAGUGUGUAAAUAGUGUAAAUCAGAGUCUUUAGUGGUAGGGCGAGGACAGUGGCGCUCACCAACGUCCAUCGCUCUUCUGUCUCAGAGAGACACAUGUCGGCUGGUCACGACUCUGUGGUCGCUACAGCGACGUCUCUUGAGACUCUGUCGGGUGACUCGCUGACUGUUGCCCCUUUUUCAUGGGGAGAGCUUCUGCCAGCUCAACAGGCCUCAUUGUCCAGAGUGAAUCAGGGCGUGUGUGUGUGUGUGUGUGAGAGCUCAUGUGCACAUGAGGACAAUUGAGCUAAUGAGCAGCCUCGGGACGGGGAAGUGACGUGUGUGGGACUCACCUCGACUCAGGGGGACGACUGUGCACUGGAAGUCAUCCAGUCUGACGCGCCGCACCUUCACACACCUCAGCCAUCAUGUCUUCAGUCUGUCACCUGCUUCUGCUGCUGCUGCUGCCGGCCGUCGCUGCUCAGACCUACCGCUGGGGGCCGUGUCCGUGUCCCAAAGUGCAGCCCAACUUUGAACUGCAGAAGUAUCUGGGCAGGUGGUACGAGAUCGCCAAACUUCCCGCCAGCUUCGAGCGAGGAAAGUGCAUCGAGGCCAACUACGAUCUGAGGAAGGACGGAACCAUCCAGGUCAUCAACAAGCAGUUCUAUAAAGGCAAGGUGCGAGCGGUGGAGGGGACGGCGGUGGUGCAGGACCUCCACGACAUGUCCAAGCUGGGAGUCAGCUUCUCCUACUUCUCCCCGUACGGACAGUACUGGGUCCUGAGCACCGACUACGCCUCCCUGUCUGUGGUCUACUCCUGCACCGACGUCUUGCGCGUGUUUCACGUGGAGUUCGCCUGGAUCCUGGGACGCUCGCGCUUCCUCCCGGCUGAGACCAUCCGCUACGCCGAAGAGCUGCUGACCAGCGAGGGAAUCAACCUGGCGCCCAUGACCUUCACCGACCAGACUGGAUGUAAAGACGAACAAUAGAGCCACGUUGACUGGCAAAGACCUGAAGGCUGCUGACCUUCAGCUGACCUUCACAGACACCUGGACGUUCCCGAGUUUAGACCCACUGUUUUUAAUCACUUGUCUCCCGAA